GUCUCCCCCUCUCUCUCUGUCGCUCAUUCUCUUUAUCACUCCAUCUCCCAGACUUGCCUGUUCAAGACAAUGGCCCCCAAGAAGCCUGAGCCCAAGAAGGAGGCAGCCAAGCCUGCCGCCCCUCCCGCGGAGCCAGAGACGCCCAAGGAGCCGGACUUUGACCCCAAGAGCGUCGCUAUUGAAUUUAAUGCUGAUCAGAUUGAUGAGUUUAAGGAGGCCUUCAUGCUGUUUGACCGAACUCCUAAAGGCGAUAUGAAGAUCUCGUACGCUCAGUGCGGUGACGUCAUGAGGGCACUGGGUCAGAAUCCCACCAACGCAGAGGUCAUGAAAGUACUGGGCAAACCCAAACCUGAAGAGAUGAACAGCACUCUGAUCGACUUUGAGACCUUCCUGCCAAUGUUCCAGCAUAUCUCCAAGUCAAAGGAUAGGGGCACAUUUGAGGACUUUGUGGAGGGGCUGCGUGUCUUCGACAAGGAGGGCAACGGCACAGUCAUGGGAGCAGAGCUUCGCCAUGUGCUCGCCACACUGGGUGAGAAGAUGACAGAGGGAGAGGUGGAGCAGCUGAUGUCAGGACAGGAAGAUGGCAGUGGCUGCAUCAACUAUGAAGCAUUCGUUAAACACAUCCUGGCUGGCUGAAUGAAUGGCACAAUCAUGCUGGUCUUAUAACUCAUAAGGAUCAAAGUCUUCCUGGAUAGAGAACUCCCAUCAUCUUUGUGAUCUAUUUCCUGUCUUUUCCUGUUUGUGUCCUCUUACUGUAAAAAAAACAUUACCUGUUCUUUCACAAAGUCUUUCCUUUUUUAAUUUAUUUUCUGUUUUUGUUUGGUGCUUCAAAUAAAAUGUCAGCCUAA